UUUUCGUCUCUCUCUAAAAUCUUCCCCUCUCACUCUCUGUAAAAUCACUUCGUUUGAUGCUUUCUCCGUUCGAACUUGGCCCGUUUAAUUUCCUAUUUCUUUUCGCAAUCAAUCGAAGAAUUUGAUUUCUUGAGGUAAUUUUUUGAUUGUUUGAAUUCUAAGAUGUCUAAUUCUAGAAACCGUGAAUUCGUUGACGAUCGCUUGGAUCAAAGCGGCAACGAAAUGAUCGAUUCAUCGGACGCGUCAUCUUCAAUGAACGGCAUUGUUGAGGCCUCUGGAAUGGCAUCGAGACAGAACGGCGAGGAAAGGAACGGAAUCGGACUCACGGAGCGGUUAACCGACAUAAUCGUUGAGGAAAACGAUGGAGAUUUGCUGUUUCAACAAAGCGAUCGAGAGGAUAGGAUUUUGCUAUGGUUACAAGCUUUGGAUGUGCAAGUAAUAGGCGCCUGUCGGACCAAUGAAAGGUUAAAGCCUUUGUUGAAAACCAGUGUCUCAAACGGCGUUGCCGAGGAUCGAUUGUUAGCUCAUUUGAGUCAGUUGGUAUGAUGGCGACGUGUUUUUGCAUACCUUUGGUUUCAAUUCGAGUGGGGAAGAUCAACAAACAAGGGAUUCAUUUUCAGCCUACUGCUUUAAGGGUUCUAUUUCAGCUUGUUGUUGGUCAUCAUGUUCAUGCUUCCAAAUAAAUAUAUCUUUUCGCUUGUAGGUAAAGUGGGCGUAUUCUGUAAUGAUCUCUGAAUUUUGAGGAAAUAAAGGUAGUUUCAUCUCCUAUAUUAUGUAUAUGAUUGGCUGCUGCUGUUUCGUGGAUAUACGGUUCUUUAUCAAGGUUGCUUAAGUCCAAGAUCGAGUUCUUUCAAAGAGGAAUUGGCUUGAAACUUAUCUUUCCCAAGGAGCACUGCCAAGGAUAAGUUACGAAGGCGCGGAGAUAACUAUCAUCUGGUAGCUGAGAACCUUACAAUUGCUUCACCUAUUACAAACAAUUCUUUGGAAUGUGAAAUCGACAAGAGUUGUUCAUUUACUCCAAGUUUCCUUGAAUCACUUGAGAAAUUUACGGUU